CUUAUAGCGUGCUAGUUUCUUGUUUCCUAGUCUUUUGCAUGACCAAAGUGGUCUCAGAACAAGUUGAACUCUUAUUUCAAGGCAGGACUCGGCUAUGAGACAUUGAGAUGUGGCUUUUCCCCUAACAUGUCGGCUCUCGUUGCGUGUCAGACCCAGCGCUCAUCCAUGAGAAAUGCAUGCAGGGCGAGGAAGGUUUCCAAGGCACUUUGGAUCUUUUCCCCAAUGGCUACUCCGUUAAAAAUGUGGAGCCGCAACUGUCAGGCAAAAUGUUGGUCCUGGACUUGAUCUUGGCCAUGACGAGGUCCAGCACCAGCGACAAGGUGGUGCUGGUCUCCAACUACACGCAAACGUUGGAUAUCUUUGAGAAGCUGUGCCACUGCAGAAGGUACCCUUACGUCCGCCUGGACGGCACCAUGUCCAUCAAGAAGAGGGCCAAGAUUGUGGAGAGAUUCAACAGUCCGGAGAACCCCGAGUUCAUCUUCAUGCUGAGCAGCAAGGCGGGCGGCUGCGGCCUGAACCUGAUCGGCGCCAACCGCCUGGUGAUGUUCGACCCCGACUGGAACCCGGCCAACGACGAGCAGGCCAUGGCUCGGGUGUGGCGGGAUGGCCAGAAGAAGACGU